AUGGAUCUUUCCCAGUGGCCCGUCGAAGUUUAUAGCAGUCGACAUGGGAGGUCUGUGUCUGUGUCGCGUGUCUGUGUCGCGUGGCAGUACGGCUUUGCUCCCAAGGGCUCCUCCGUCGUCCUCUACUCGUCCCCGGUCAUCCGACACUUCCAGUAUUUCGUGGCCCCCGAUUGGAUGGGGGGGAUCUACGCGUCGCCCAGCAUCGCGGGGUCGCGACCCGGCGCCAUCAUGGCCGCUACGUGGGCCGCCAUGGUGCAUCAUGGGAGGUCGGGAUACGUGGAGGCGACUCGCAAGAUUGUCACCACGGCGAGGCUGCUGGGCGAGCGCCUGCGCACGGUGCCUGGGCUCUACGUGUUCGGGGAGCCACUCGUCUCCGUCGUGGCUGUCGGCUCGCGUGACUUUGACAUCUUCCGCCUGUCGGACGCGCUGAUGGUGCGAGGAUGGCACCUCAACACUCUGCAGUUCCCCUCCAGCAUCCACAUCGCGGUGACGCUGCUGCACACGCGCCCCGGCGUUGCUGAGAAGCUGCUGGAUGACAUCACGAGCUGCGUGGCCGAGAUCAUGCUCACCCCGACCGCCAAGACCACGGGCAAGGGAGCGAUCUACGGGAUGGCCCAGUCGAUCCCGGACCGCUCGCUCAUCACCGAGAUCACGCACGGCUUCCUCGACUGCAUGUUCUCCACCCGCCUGCCCGAGCCUUCCCAGCGUCUCCACAACUCUCCCGGCACUCAGUGACACACCCAGUGACACACUCAGUGACACACCCAGUGACACACCCAGUGACACACCCAGUGACACGACCAGUGACACACAGUGACACACUCAGUGACACACCCAGUGACACACCCAGUGACACGACCAGUGAUACGACCAGUGACACACCCAGUGACACACCCAGUGACACACUCAGUGACACACCCAGUGACACACCCAGUGACACACUCAGUGACACACCCAGUGACACACCCAGUGACAUGCCCAGUGACACACUCAGUGACACAACCAGUGACACACUCAGUGACACACCCAGUGACACACCCAGUGACACUCAGUGACACACUCAGUGACACACCCAGUGACACUCUCAGUGACACACCCAGUGACAGUGACACACCCAGUGACACACCCAGUGACAGUGACACACCCAGUGACACACCCAGUGACACACCCAGCAAUGACACACCCAGUGACACACCCAGUGACACACCCAGUGACACCGACACUCAAUGGCACACCCAGUGACAGUGACCCACACAGGGACUCGGUGAUACACUCAUUGACACAGUGAUACAUUUCAUUGACACAGUGACAAUCAGUGACACACCCGUUGACGCACAGCAUUAAACGCACAACAUACGGCGCACGACAUGGGGCACGCAACAUGAAACUCUCAACGCGGGACACAACGCGGGACACGAGAGGAAACUUGACUCACCCCUACUUGACUGCGGGUGAAUGUGGGGGGCUGUGGGUGAAUGUGGGGGGCUGUGGGCGAAGGUGGGGGCCACUGUAACCACUUUGUAUGUGGGAAUGGAACCACUGAUCAGGUGAAUUGGUCUUGGCGUCAGUGUGGGGGCCAUUUGGGAGGGCAGGAACCCCCCCCCCCCCUUUUCAUGGUACGUGUCGCUGUGACAUUUGACCUUUAAACGAUUAACCCCCUGCGCUGCUGCCCCCCUGCUCUGCUGCUUGAAUGAAAACCCUCGCGACCCCGACCCCGACCCGCUGAUCUUUAUUCCUAAACCCCUCUCCUCUUUAUCCAUGACCCCUAAUCCGUGACCCCGAACCCUGACCGGUAAACCCCUAUCUCAAUGACCAUUAAACCCCCAUCCCUAUUCAACCCCUGUCUGACCCCCUUAGCCCCUAGUACUUAUUUUAACGUUUAUGUCACGAUGGAACCACAAGGCUUGAUUUUGUGUUUUGUAAUUACAGCUCGUUUCUCAAUGCA